AGAAAAUGGGACCUUUUGAUGGUGAUGUCAUCAGCUCCUGCUGACUGGUCAGACUGGCAGUGUGGAAACGUACCCAGUGUUACAGUCGUCUCUGGCCUCCCCUACUUACAGCAGCAAAAGUAAACGCCACAUUUCACAUGAAUGCAUGUGAUCGUACUGGAUCAUGGUGACUGAUGUGUUACUGUGUUCAUGGCUUUAAUAAGGUAAGGUGGUAACAGUGGAGCUGGUGGUAACUGGUUUACUGCCUACAGCCUACUUGUACUGUGAAGUACUUCACUGCUGGGCUUGUCAACUAUAAAGUCUGAUGAUUCUACUGUGUUUUGUUAAAUUCAUCUGAAUCUGAAAAGCAACGAGUUAUCAAACACAUGUAGUGCAGUAAAAAGUACAGUAGUUGCCUCUGAAAAGUACUUAGUCUAGUUACUUUCUAAGAUUCUAAGGGUACUGCGUGUCCUAACAACUAGGCUAUGAAUGUACAGCUGUGCGUGUGUACUUAGAAAAUAACUAAGUACAUUUAUUCAAGUACUUAAGUACAACUGAGUGAUUUUAGUCUGCUACUUCAUCCUUUGACUUUCAGAGACAUUUGUACUUGUUACUGUAGUAAAACUUCAGGACUUGUACUUGUACUAUCAGAGUACUUUUACACUGUGUACUUCUCCCAUCGGAGCUGGAAACGUAGAGGAAGUAAGUGGUCAAAAGUUGCCUUGACUACGGCUGCUGUGUGUGCGUUUCCCAGAAUAUGACGGCGCAGCGCAGGUGGGCGGUGCUCGUGGCUCGCGGCGGCCAAUAGGAAGCCUGGGUGUCGCUGUCAAACAGCUGAUCGAUGAGUCAGGGAGGCAGCAGCCGAAAAGGUGCCACUUGUUGCCAAGCAGGAGCAGCGACCGUCCGCCGACCCGCGCUCCGUGCUCGCUCUCCGUCCUCAGACGUGUCCGUGAAUCCACCCGGAGCCGCCGCCUCAGCGCAGGACCACCCCGCUGCCGCUGUCUCCAGUCAUCAGGAAGUCUGGUUUGAUGUCUGCGUCAGUCCUGUAUCCAUGGCCGUGUGGAUGCGUCAGUCUGGUGUGUGGACUCCUCCUCCUGGCCACGUCACCGCUCCUCGCCACAGGCAGAACGAGCAACUGUACUCACCCUCUGGUGCCCGAACAUGGAGGUUUUCGCUGCGAUCCAUCUCCAUGCAGAGGUUUCCCUCAGAAGAGCUCCAUCUUCCUCUUCUGUGAGGACGAAUACCACAUCAGCAACAAGGUCCGUGUGUCCAGGUGUCACCACGGGAGGUGGCAGCCUCCCAUACCUGCCUGCAUCCCUGCUAAAGAGGGUCCUAACAUGAACGCUGACAACAGACUGAAUAACCCAGUGUCCAACAUGGCCACAACGGCAGUGGGUGUGUCCAUCUUCCUGCUCACCACCACCGCCUGUCUGGUGGUCAAGUCCCGCCUCUUCCCCUGUCACUCACACGGCAGCCGUCGCUCCUCAGACCAACUAGACCUGAUGGUGGAUGGACUUCCUGUCUCUCUUCCCUCCUACGAGGAAGCAAUGUAUGGCAGCUGGGGGCAGCGCCUCCCCGCCUGCUCAGCACCUGGGCCCACCCAGCUCCUAUUGGCUCAGGAGGCUCUCAGCUGUCAACAGUCAUCUCUCAGCAACCAAUCAGAUGGAAGUCACUGCUCCCUCCUGUCCAGAGAAAGCCCCAACAACCCCCCGCCUCCAUACGAGGAGGUCCCAACAUCACAUCCCAGAGACAGGAUGGGUGCUGGGGAUGCCCGGCAGCCACAUGUUGCACUUUCAGAUGACAAGGACACUUGAUUGACAGACUGUCAGGUCCAUAUGUGACACAUUUCUAGCACAUGGGUUGUAGUUGUUUAUCAGUGACAGCACUGUUUUGAUUGACAGCUGACAGCUGCAGCGUUUGUUCUGCAGAUGUUGGCUGAAACCAACAAACAUGGACUGACAAUGGACUCAUGUGCUGCCUGCACUUUUCCUGGUUGGCUGCAGCUCACCAGAAUCAGGACGCUCUGACCUAUCACGCUAGUUUAGACCAAGCUGAUUGGCCAGCACUAAAGAGGACUGAAGUAUGAUUAUUAAGGACAUGUGAUUGUUUAGUGUGUGACAUGUGUGUGACAGAAGAACGGGUUCACGUGGAAAUGUUUCCCUGCUGUCAGGUGACUGUCAUCUCUGUUGGAGUUGACAACACAUUUUAUUGUUUAUUUUUUAAUGAGAAUGUAAUCCUUCAGUUUAAAUAAGAACAAAUCAACCAAGCUGGCGUUAGGAGGGUUUCACAGCAGUGACAUAAAAGUGUAAGUGCCUGUGUGUUUUCUCUGUUGUUAUGAAGACCUAGUCAGCGGCGGGGCUGAUCGAUCUUCCCUCGUGAAGUCAGUGUCAUGCUACAGCAGCAUUUCUCUUUCAGUCUUACUUGGCUGUCGUGUCAUUGGACUGCCGUGCACUUUGUGGGUUUGAAGUGCACAGACACUGACUGUGAAACUCAACAGAAGCAUGUUGUGAUGUUAAUUGAAAAGUUAAUUUUGUGUACAGAUGAUAUUUAGAGACUUGACAAUGGUGGUGAAACAGACUCAAUCAGUGUGGAGUGAUGUAAAAAUGAAUAUCUGGAUUAAUUUGAAUCUAUAGUAAAAGUAAUCUGUUUGCUGACUGGAUGAAUUUGACACUUGCCUGAUGGCAUCACUGGAGAUACAGAGGUGCUUUUAUCAAAUCCCUCAGAUAAGCUUUGACCAAUCAGUGAUCAAACACUGAUCACUUCUGCUUGUCUCUUUGUCCUCACUGUUUUCUUCUCUGUCAAUUUUUGACUCUGCAGAGCGACUUACGCCUUCACAGACCUUGAAUGUAUUGUAAAUUUUAUGUUCUUUAUUGUGGCCAGAAAUCUUAACUAUUACAUGGAUUGUAAUAUUUACAGAAUGACUAUUUGUACAUUGUAUUAUUGCGCAGAAAUAUAUAAUAAAUAUUGAUA